CAACAAAAGAUAAGUGUAUACAAUAAUAUAGAGAUUCAAGAAUGCAAAUGACUAGACAUUAUUAUUAAUGAAACAUCCAUCUGUUGGUUGUGAAUUCCUUCUUUCUUUCUUUUGUUUUACUUGUCUUGUAUUUGGACAAGAAGGAGGCAUCAUCAUCAGGGUGUGUCUGUUUUUCAAUUUGUUGCAUAACAGAAAUCUGAAAACAUUAUAAAGAAAAUGUUGCACAGGCAUCCGACGAGGAGGGCUCACUCAACUGUUUUCUUCCUUCUUACCGUCAUCGUCUUGGUUGCCUUACUCACUCGAUGGCUCGACCUCUCGAUAGUCACAGGAUUAUUACAAAAGAAACUCCACCUCCAGGAUUCAUCCAUGUUAUAUUCGUCAGAAUUUGACUGUUCCCUCAACUGUUCAGACAUUGCACCUCUGACAACAGAGAUCAGCAAUUCAUCAGCUCCAGCAUGUCCCGAAUACUUCAGAUGGAUUCAUGAAGACUUAAAGCCUUGGAAAGAAUCUGGGAUCACGAGGGAAAUGGUGGAAAAAGCUAAGCAUUUUUCACAUAUUAGGAUCACCAUAGUGAAUGGCAGACUGUACACUCAGAAGUUCAAGGAAGUUUUUCAGACGAGAGACAUUGUCACAAUAUGGGGUCUUUUGCAGCUUCUUAGGUUGUACCCUGGAAGAAUACCGGACCUGGAUCUCAUGUUCGCAUGUGAUGACAGAACCGUUGUCCACAAGAGUGACUAUAGCAGCCCCAAUGAUUCAAUCCCUCCACCUGUCUUUCACUACUGUGGAGAAGAAACAAGUUACGAUAUUGUCUUUCCUGAUUGGUCGUUUUGGGGUUGGCCUGAGGUUAAUAUCAAGCCAUGGGAAGAGCUGAAAGAGGAACUGAAAGAAGCUAACCAACGAAUCAAGUGGAAGGACAGAGAACCUUAUGCUUUUUGGAAAGGAAACAUUAAACUUGGUCGUGCACGAAAGGACUUGGUAACGUGCAAUGUGUCUAAUGGACAAGACUGGAAAGCUCGACUCUUUGACAUGCAAUGGUCCGAAGAGAAGAAACAAGGGUUCAAUAGUUCUAAUUUAGCAAGUCAGUGCACUUACAGGUACAAGAUUUAUGUCGAAGGAAAUACUUGGUCUGUUAGUCAGAAGUACAUAUUAGCUUGCGAUUCCAUGACAUUGGUUGUGAAACCACAUUACUAUGAUUUCUUCACUAGAAAUUUGAUGCCCACGAUUCACUUCUGGCCGAUUAAACAUCAGAACAAGUGUUCAGCCAUUAAAUUUGCUGUUGAAUGGGGCAACAAAUUCACAGACAAGGCACAGGAGAUUGGAAAAGCUGGCAGCCAAUUUGUGCAAGAACAGCUCAAAAUGCAGAACAUUUACGACUACUGUUUCCAUGUCUUAAACGAAUAUGCAAAGCUUCUCAAGUAUAAGCCUACAGUCCCUGAAGGAUCCAAGGAAGCAUGCUCAGAGACUUUGAUUUGUUCCGUUAAAGGGCAGAAACGGAGAUUUAGGAAGCACUCGAUGGUGAAAAAUCCAUCGGACACGCUCCCGUGUGCUUUGCCUUCUGCCUAUGACCCUACAGAGCUCCAUGCUUUCAUCGAGAAAAAAGAGAAUCUAACGAGACAAGUUAUUAUGUGGGAAUCGAGUCAAACCACCACCUGAAGCAGAUGUCUGCAGGUGCUUGAAGUUCUUGCAAAGGGAUUCAGUUGAAUUUUUUGCUUGAGAAAAUUUCUGUAGCCUGCAGUAAUAAUGUUACAUUACUCCAGUUGUGUAGAGUGCGAUGUGUACAAUGUCGGGUGGCUCAUACCAUGCACUCUAAGAAUGUAUAUCUUUAAAUACACUUAGGAGUUGGA